AUGGAUACUAAUAAUGUGCGGAUUCAGGAGAUUGACAGCGGGGCUGAGGAGGAGUAUCUUCUGCGACGUGGUCGCGCUUUGUAUGCUGCUGAACAACGGAGGAUUGGGUGGCCGAGGCGCAAUGGGGAUUACGACGGAUCUGCUGAUGAUGUGCACUCGGUCGACGGCAUAGACUUGGAUCUGUAUGACGAUUCGGACAGCACGGUGGCAUAUGCAGUGCAAUUAGCGAUGAAAGACGAUGAAGAGUGGCUGGUAGACAAGGCCCUGGAACGGAUACGGCGUGCGCAGAUACUGGGCCAGAAGAAUGUACGACUUUCACAACGGGAGUUGGACGCCCUCGAACGAAAACGGACGCAAACUGGCGGUAUGGAAGACGUCGGACAGAGAAACAAGGUUCCCAAGGCAGCGUCUGUCGCCAGCAGACCCCUGAGGCCAGUAGAGAGCUCCACAAACGGGGGGCUGGGAAAUCUCCGGACAAUGCGGCAUGGAUCUAGCGCCCCAAACGGUAGCGUACCCCGUACCUUUGUGACGGACAAGAAGGAGAUGUAUGAAUCGAGGGCGCGGGCUUCGGGUGCUUCGGCCAGGGACCAUUCUCCUGUACUACCACGAACGUCCGCCGUGCCUAACCUGCAACCUCAAAUGUCGGGGCCUCCGACUUACCCAUCCGUUCCACGCGAUUUUCGGUCGGACGUUCCCCUCACCUACCCCAGCCCUCUUCCACCGGCGACCUUCCAAAACCCUCCAUAUGCACGCAUCCUUCCUCACGAGCCACAGUGGGUGCCUCCGUACCAGGCACCAUAUGCUUCGGCAACCGUCCGUCCGGGACCUCAAAGCUAUCCGGGCCAUAUGGCAUACCGGGCAAGUCCCGGGUCUGUUCUUAGCGAUCGCCAUCCGCUGCGUCGUCAGCAUGUGUCGAAUUCGGCCAGGGGCGAUUCGAGCAGCGAAGGUGACGAAGAAGAAGACAGUGAAUCCGACAAUGACGGUGAUAAGAUACACAUUGUCGAUGUGGUGCGACGCAAAGUGCCAACUGGUCUUCAAAGUCGGCCUGCUGCAGCCAGCGGGGUCGGCGCCAGAGCAGUUCCCCCACGGUCUCGACGUUCUUGA